AUGGCUCGAUUUACACUCCUGGCAGGAUUGUCCCUGUUGAUGUGCCUUCAAGUAGUGUCUUCUACCAGACUGGUGUGCUACUUCACCAACUGGUCCCAGUACAGACCAGGCGCUGGCAAAUAUCUACCUGACAAUGUUGACCCUCAUCUCUGUACGCAUCUGAUCUACGCUUUCUCAAUAAUCAACCCUUCUAACGAGCUGUCGACCUAUGAGUGGAAUGAUGACGUCCUCUAUAAAUCCUUCAAUCAGCUCAAGAACAAAAACCCCGAGCUGAAGACUCUGUUGGCCGUUGGCGGGUGGAACUUUGGAACAACUCAAUUUACCAUCAUGGUGUCAUCCCCUGCCAACCGCCAGAGGUUCAUCCAGUCCUCAAUUAAAUUCUUAAGACUGCAUGGCUUUGAUGGGCUUGACCUGGACUGGGAGUAUCCUGGAGCAAGAGGAAGCCCACCAGAGGACAAGAGGAGGUUCACAGUACUCUGUCAGGAAUUACUCGCCGCCUUUGAAAAAGAAGCUGUUGAUACCAAAAGGCCACGUUUGAUGCUCACAGCUGCAGUGGCUGCUGGAAAGGGAAACAUUGACAACGGUUAUGAGAUUGCUGAUGUGUCAAAGUUCUUAGACUUCAUAAAUGUCAUGAGCUAUGACUUCCAUGGAGCAUGGGACCCCUUCACUGGUCACAACAGCCCUCUGUACAGCAGCUCUUCUGAUCACGGCCAGAACAUCUACUUCAAUGUGGAUUUCGCUAUGAGAUACUGGAGAGACCAAGGAGCUCCUGUUGACAAGCUCAUGGUUGGUUUUGCUACAUAUGGACGCACAUUUCGCACAUAUGCAGCAGCUAACGGUGUUGGAGCACCUGCUAGUGGACCAGCCUCAGCUGGGCCCUACACCCGUGAAGCUGGGAUUUGGUCUUACUACGAGAUUUGCACCUUCCUUCAAGGAGGCAGUGUCCAUUGGAUUGAUGAGCAGAAGGUGCCAUAUGCCAUGAAAGGCAAUGAGUGGGUUGGGUUUGAUAACAAGGACAGCUUUGACAUCAAGGCAAAGUAUGUGAAAGACAAUAAGUUUGGAGGAGCUUUCGUCUGGUCUCUGGAUCUGGAUGAUUUCAGUGGACAGUUCUGUGGACAGGGAAACUACCCUCUCAUCAAUCACCUGCGCUCUCUUCUGGAUUCAGAUUUUCCAUCUCCUCCUCCUGUAACCACACGUCCACCUGUGGUCACCACAAACGUUCCCAGCCCUGUCGACACCACUGCAGCUAUUGCAACUACAACUGCCAAAACCACAACCACAACUGUUGCUUCUGGAAGUGGUUUCUGUGCUGGGAAGACUGAUGGCCUGUACAUGAAUGACAAAGACGGCAACUCCUUCUUUCAGUGCUCCCACGGAGAUACAUACGUUCAGAGAUGUCCAGCUGGUCUAGUUUUCAAUCCUAGAUGCAGUUGCUGCAGCUGGCAAUAA